AUGAAUGAGACUGAUGAACGAAUUGAACUUCUAGAAGAAAUCCGAAAAACAAAUAUUAUCCCAAGUCUAAAAACUCAAUUAAAGAUGGCCUUAUGCGAUAAACUUCGAAAUCAUAAUAAAACAGAAAUAAUUAGAUCGCAAUCACGGCAAUCCGAGAUUAUUGAUAACAUUGUUUUAGAAUAUUUAUAUAAAUGUGGUUUUCAUAGUACAGCAAGUAUAUUUUUUGCGGAAUCCAACAUGCAUCAAUUACCUCGAGAACAAAUCUUAUCUACAAUGCAAGUUGUCGACACACAGCAAACUAUAAUGGAGAUGCUUGUCUCAGACGAAUCUCAUCCCAGCAUUUUAACGCAAACAGAUUACCAAGAUUUAGAUUCAAAACUCAAUUCAGUCGAAGAAGAACUUAGGAGAAAACGUAAAUCCGAAAGGACAUUAUCAUCAGAAGAUAUGCUUCGUCGUGGCAUUGAUGCAAUCGAUAAUGAAUAUGAAUUGCGCUUUCAAAAAGAACUUGCAAACAGAAUGGAUAUGUGGCGUGCUUCUGAGUUAUCGAAAGCCUUAUCAAGUGAUAAAAUAUAUCAAGACAGCGAGCUAGAGAGAAUACAGAAAGAGUUAGAAGUUAACUUACGCCAAAAAACCAAUGAAGAGCGAAAUAAAUUUGAUAAAACUUCUGAAGCACUUCAUGCAAAACAACGUGAACUAGAAGCAGAAAUUCAGAAAUGGGCUGAACAAAACAUUAUCCGUGCUCGUGAGAACACUAUGACAACAGAAGCAAGGGCAAUCCUUCAAGACUGUGAGCAAAAAAGUGACAAGAUUCAAGCAAAAAUCGAAGUUCUUCAAAGAAAAUGCGAAAAGGAUCUUCGAAAACUCGAAGAUGCUCAGCUUGAGCAUAGGAAGUCCAAGCGUGAAGUUGAGAAACUAAAACUAUCUAUUCAGCUUUUAGAUCAAAAUUCGAGCUCAAUAAUUCAAUAA